AUGGCCGCGGGUAACAGGGAUGCGCAGCCUAUGUAUCAUAAUUCCGACAGUCCUAGGGUUUCAGAUGAGGAGUCCGGCGUCUACACUGGGAAACCUUUGCCCACUUAUAGACCGACCUCGCAGCUGGUGCCCCUGGGAGGCACUGCGAGGCUCUUCUGCGAGGCCUAUCUCGGCAAGGUCGAUCUGCCCGAUGCUAAGAAUUCUGUCACUUGGUCGAAAAGUGACAGCAACAUGACACUACCCAGUCACGGCAGGAUAGCGCAGCACAGGGUGUCCCGGGAGAACGAUCAAAUAAUCGGCUCCUACUUAGAGAUCGAGGACGUCACUCUCGAGGAUUACGGCGAGUACAAAUGCGAAGUCAGCAAUGGCGUCGACGAGGAGAUCACGUUGGCGGCUCACGUAUACCGGCAAGAGCCGCAAUUCGUAUUGAGCCUUCCGAACGGGUCUUGGAGGAAGUCUCUCCUGCUGGCGGUCCUCGUCCUGGUUCUGUUACUAUCAGCUGGCGCAUUUUAUGCGCGUUGCUGGCUGCCACUUGCACUGUUUUGCAGAGACAAGUUUGGUCGCCUCGAGGAAAGCGAUGGGAAGGAAUGCGACGCCCUGGUGUGCUACCACGAGAAGGACUCGAACCUGGUGAUUGGUAUCGUGAUACCCACGCUGGAGUCCAGGCAUCGUUACAAGUGCGCGGCUCUGGAGUUGUCUCACCUGAAUCGCAAUUGGAGCCUGGAAAUCGGUCCACACGCCAGCACGGCUCGGCGCAUCAUCGUCGUCCUCAGCCCCGCCUCCCUGGAGAACAUCUGGACGGACGCGAGCGUCGGCGCGGUGCUGAAGCAGCUGUCGUCGUUGCCGAUACGGACGAUCGUCGUCACGCUGAAGAGACUGCCCAGCACGACGGCGACGAUCGCGAAGCGAUCGCGGCGGGAUCGCCGCGACGCCGACAACAUCUCCUUCGACCGGCUGACGAUCCUGUUCUGGCAAGAUGGCGGCGGCGGCGGCGGCGGCGGCGGCGGCGGCAAUGGCGGCGGCGGCGGCGGCGGCAACGGCACCGCCACCGGAAGCGGCGGUCGCAAAUUCUGGAACAAACUCAGACUGGCGAUGCCGGCGAUGCGGCCAAUGGCGUCGGAGACCGGCUGCCAGUCGGUCGCGAUGAUAGUGCAGGCCAACGGCAAGUGCGGACCAAAGGCGCGCUCGCGCGAGAGCCUGGAGGUCCUCGUCUAGAGCACCCCCGCGUCACGGAGAUUGUCCCGGC